CUCAUGAGCAAAGUGACAUCUCACCUUGCUUUGGGAGCUCCGCGUUGAAGCUCGGCGGUUUUCGGGCUCCUCUAGCCUUUGACGAUCAGACAUGGCCUCAGCUCCACAGCAGCCCACCCUGACUAUUGAACAGACCAGAGUGGUACUAAGUGAGGUCAUCCAGGCCUUCUCGGUACCAGAAAACGCUGCUCGGAUGGAGGAUGCUCGAGAGAGCGCCUCCAACGACAUGGGCAAGAUGCUACAGCUUGUGCUACCUGUGGCCACCCAGAUUCAACAAGAAGUCAUCAAGGCCUAUGGAUUCAAUAAUGAGGGAGAAGGUGUCCUUAAAUUUGCCAGACUGGUGAAGAUGUAUGAAACCCAGGAUCCUGAAAUUGCAGCCAUGUCAGCUAAACUGAAGUCUCUCCUCCUGCCACCUCUAUCAACGCCACCUAUAGGAGGCGCUAUUACAGCUUCAUAGGCUCCAUUUACAUUCACUGGUCAACUGCAAGGUUACUUUAACCCUAUAAAACCAUUUGUAUCAUAUUUGAUACGCAAGGUUUCUGAGCAAAAAAAAAAAAAAAA